CGGGGUCCGGGGCGGGAGUCGGGGUUCUGUCGGGGACCGGACGGAGGCCGGGUCCGGGGUGUGGGCAGCAGGAGCUGCACGUGGGCUGCCGGCGCUCCCGGGCGUCCGCGCUGCGGGCCAUGGCGGCGGAGGCGCGCGUGUCGCGCUGGUACUUCGGGGGACUGGCCUCCUGCGGGGCCGCCUGCUGCACGCACCCGUUGGACCUACUCAAGGUGCAUCUGCAGACGCAGCAGGAGGUGAAGCUGCGCAUGACGGGCAUGGCCCUGCAGGUGGUGCGCUCCGACGGCAUCCUGGCACUCUACAACGGCCUGAGUGCCUCCCUGUGCAGACAGAUGACCUACUCCCUGACUCGGUUCGCCAUCUAUGAGACCGUGCGGGACCACAUGGCGAAGGGCAGUGAGGGGCCCCUGCCCUUCUACAAGAAGGUGUUGCUGGGCUCCAUCAGCGGUUGCAUUGGAGGCUUCGUGGGGACUCCCGCAGAUAUGGUCAAUGUCAGGAUGCAGAAUGACAUGAAGCUGCCCCCGAAUCAGCGCCGCAACUACGCCCAUGCCGUGGAUGGCUUGUACCGGGUGGCCCGAGAAGAGGGUCUGAAGAAGCUGUUUUCGGGCGCGAGCAUGGCAUCCAGUCGAGGGAUGCUUGUCACCGUGGGCCAGCUGUCCUGCUACGAUCAGGCCAAGCAGCUGGUCCUCAGCACUGGGUACCUGUCUGAUGGUGUCCUCACUCACUUUGUCGCCAGCUUCAUCGCGGGUGGGUGUGCCACGAUCCUGUGCCAGCCCCUGGAUGUGCUGAAGACGCGUCUCAUGAACUCCAAGGGCGAGUAUCAGGGUGUUCUCCACUGCGCAGUAGAGACAGCAAAGCUCGGGCCACUGGCCUUUUACAAGGGCCUCCUUCCUGCAGGCAUCCGCCUCAUGCCGCACACCGUGCUCACGUUUGUGUUUCUGGAACAGCUCCGCAAACACUUCGGCAUCAAAGUGCUUUCCUGAUGGGCCGGGGAGCGGGCUGAGCGCGGCCCCGGUGCCCUCCUCCCUCCUCCCGGGCUGGGACCUCCACCCUGGCCUUCCCCAGCAGGCUCCUGCCCACACCUGGGCCUGGGCUCGUUCCAGUGAGCUUGUCCUCUCCGCCUCCUGCCUGCCCACCCCAGGCUCUCCCCACCUGGUAUUCCGGCGGCCCCGCUCCCGCACACUAAUGACUCAGAGGGGAGGUGUCCGGGCCCUGGGUUCUGUUUGCUCUCCUCCCUGAGUAGUCGGUUAACACAAGGUGGGCUGUCCAGACUUUCUAGAGUCUGGGGCCCUCAGCACCAUCUUCCAGCAGCUUCCAUCAAGGAGCUGGGUGGCCGCGGAGAGGGGUGCAGACCCCCAGCAUGGCUCACCAAACUAGGUGUGUCCACGUGCCCUUUUAUUUCUGGAGAGGGACCAUAGCUUUUCUGACAUUCUCAAAGGUAGCUGUGCCCCUGGAGCUCCCGGGCCCCGGGCAGACGGCACCAUGCAGAAUCAGCCUGCCCAGGAGGGAGGGUGAUCACAUGGCCCGCGGGCACCAGGUCCAGCCAGCCCCCUGCUGCUUCAACAAGUAGUUUUGCCAAAAGCUCUCAAAGCCAGGAGCCUGCUGCUGCUUCAGGGAGCGUGGGGUACACAUGGCGUCCCCGCCUCCCACAGCUCCCAGGCAGAGGCAGGCUGCAGGGUGUCCUCGGGCCUGCUCCGUGUGGAUGGUGGCGUCUGCCCACGGCCAAGACCCAGAUGCCCGCGCCUGAGUUCUGCUGCCAGAGCAGCCCGACCCCCCAACCCCAGCAGGGGUGCUCUGCAGGGGUGUUAAUAAAGGACCGUGAAGUGCUCCACGUCUGGCA